UAUAGUUGCAGCGGUUGAGUUUAAACCCACUAGAUCCAAACGCCAUCAGCCUCCAGUCAUAAAAAUGAAUUGUGCAGGUAAAAGUGCAUUGAUAGCAGGCGGCCUAGGUGGUAUUGGCUUAGCUACCUGCAAUUCUCUCCUCAGGAAAGGAGUCAAGAAUUUGAGAAUAUUCGACAUAAUAGAAAACCCCCAAAAACUGAAAGGAUUAACAAGCACCUACCCAAAGGCUAAUGUGAAAUUUUGUAAAGUGGACGCCACAAAAAAAUAUGAAAUUGACAAUGGAUUCAAAACUGUUUUGUCUGAUUUCAAGUCAGUGGAUAUUUUCGUAACCUGUGUAGGUGUGGUUGAUGAAAUGCACAUUGAACGAUGCAUUGAAAUAAAUUUGCUAUCAGCAAUCUACCUCAACUAUGCUGCUUUGGAGUACAUGAGCAACUCAAAGGGAGGAAAUGGUGGAAUAGUAGCAAAUAUUGCCUCAGUAGCUGGAGUAGCACCCUUCCCCGCAUGUGUAGUGUAUGCUGCUACCAAACACGGUGUUUUAGGUCUAACAAGGUCUCUCGGGACCAAUACUUAUUUUAAGAAAACCGGCAUUAAAUUUAUCACAAUCUGCCCGGGUUAUACAACCACCCCGCUCCUCAAUCAAUUUAAUGGAUCCCCAAUAAAUGAUAUUAAAAAGAUUCGCGAUUCACCGCAACAAUCACCUGAAAUUUGUGGGGACCUAUUGGUUGAAGCAAUAGAGAAAGAUAUGAACGGAUCGAUAUGGUUGAUAGAUGAAGGGAAACUGAAGGAAGUUACUCCCCCAAAAUUGUAAUACUUCAGGCGGUUAUACAGAUACAAAGCGAAUAUCCUGAAAAUUCAUAUAAUUAUGUGGAAGUAGAGAAUAACUACAUUAAACGAAUAUUUAUAACAUA